AGAGUGAGGAGGAGGAGGUGGAGGAGGAGGAGGGGGGUUCUGCAUGAGGUUUGCUUUCCUUGAAGGUGAGAAAGUCUGUUAACAGCUGCUGGUGGAUUAUCAGGUUCAGGCAGCCCCUCCCUGGAGGACUGAAUGUACAUAUGUUACAUAACGACUGCUCUGGGACCAGUGAUGAUCAGCAUCAUGAUUCCAGCUGACUCAUAGGAUGUGGCAUACGAUGGGGGACCCUGAAUUACAUUUAUCUACAAAGAUUUGUACCUGCACAGAACGGAAGGAGCUGCCGACCACAAGACUGAAACGUAGAACUUGACGUGAUGUUUUUCGGUGAGGAGUUUCUGCCUUAUUGGCAAUCCUCAGUCAUGCCCAUGAAUGGAUUUUGAGGAGGACCGAAGGGAAACCAGUGCAGUAAUCCUUAUAGUUGAGAGAGAUUUCCUUACCUCUCUACCUCCUCUGCUGUUGUGGUUUUGUUCAGAGAAAGCAGCAUGGAUCUGUUCCAGGACGCGGACUGGUGUCUCUCUCCACUGCUGCUGUACGAUGACUCUCAGGAAAGACUCAACCACAGCUUUCACAGCUCUAUGAUGCUGCCCUCUACUCUCAGUCCACCCACUGCUCCUCCCCACCAACCUCUACCCUCUCUAAUGCCCUCCUCCCUCAUUUCCUCCCAUUCGUUCUCCACCACCCCGACCUCAUCCUUCCCACAAACAUCCACGUUUGACUCCAAACCCUACUCCUUCUUUCCAUUGUCCCUGUCCACCUUUUCUUCUAAUGACUUGGCAGACCUGGAGAGCAUGCUACUCUGGACUCACCACGAGCCCAGCACAAUCGCUCUGACCAUCAUGUACUGUCUGUCUUUCAUUUUGGGAUUUGUUGGGAAUUUAAUGUCCCUGCGCGUCCUCACCAACAGACGGGGCCGACGGCUGGGUGGCGUCAGCGCCACGCGCAGUCUCCUGGUGAACUUGGCGGUGUGUGACCUGGCUGUGGUGUGUGUGUGCAUGCCCAUCACCCUGGGAAACCAGAUCUACACUGCCUGGGUCUACGGCGACCUCCUGUGUCGAGCCGUGCCCUUCACGCAGGCUGUUUCAGUUUCAGCCAGUGUGUUGACGCUAACAGUGAUCAGCGUGAAUCGCUAUUACAGUGUUCGAUCGCCACUGCGAGCUCGCUCCAUGUUUACCCGCCGUCGAAUCUUGGCGACCGUCGCUGUGGUGUGGAUAGUGUCUUCAAUCAUGUGCUCUCCUAUCGCAGUGAUGAACCGGCGACGGGAGAUCAGCUUUGGGACAUUCGCCAUCUUGGUCUGUCAGGAAGAGUGGCCUCAGCAUCGCCUGAAACAGGGAUACAAUGUUCUGCUGUUUGUGAUGCUCUACUGCCUGCCAGUGACCUUUAACCUCAACAUAGGCUUCCUAACCGGCAGGCGGCUUUGGGGAGGGAAGAAAUCCACUUUCGCUGAUCUUGAUCCUCGCAGCCAAGCACUGCAUGUCUCGCGCCUAAAGACGCGCCAGAAGAUCGCCAAGAUGGUAAUGUGUCUCGUGCUGCUGUUUGCAGUGUCUUGGCUGCCACUCUACUUGGCUGACCUUUGGAUAGACUGCGAGCAAAAGCCACCAUCUUGGCUCCUGCAGGCACGGCCAUUUGCCCAGUGGUUGGGCCUGACAAACUCUAGUCUUAAUCCCAUCUGUUAUUGUUUCAUAGGGGAUCUGUACCGUUCAGCAAAGGUGAUAAGGACACGAUACUACCAGAAAGUCGCAUCUCUCUUUGGCUCCUCCUCGUUCACCAGCUCAGCUGCAGUGUCAUCUCCUGUCACAGUGAUUACAGACACCAAAGUGACUACUGCUGAGCACCAACAUAUUGCUGCCGCUGCUGUGGCAGCAUCUGCAUCCAUUGUUACGAUCCCCAGACUGUUGAGCUUGGCCAGAGGCCAGGGACUGGGGCAGAAGGUUGGAGACAGUUCAGACAGCCGUGCAGGAUCUGACCACAGUAUCUCAGACUGGUGUCAGUCCAGUCCCAGUGUCUGUAACAGCUCCCUGUUGCACUGCCAACUCCACACACUCCAGCACUCCAUAGGAAGAGCAGACCUCCUACCCACUAGAAGACACUCUGUGAAUGAGAACGCUGGACCAUUAUCAUUAAGAAUCGAGUCUGUGGAAAUAGACAUGUUGCCUUUAAGGAGGCAUUCAGGGGACAGAAUAUAUUGUCUGUCAGCUGAUAAGAGAGACAUCAUUACCACAGGCAGAGACGCUCUCUGUUACACUGGGCAGCACAGAAGCAUAACAUCACAAACCUUCUCUCCCGUAGGAGACAGGGAGGAUGAAGGAACCGAUAUCACCAGUCUGUGAGACCUGCAGAUGAUUUGAUGUAUCAACAGGGAGGAAUUCAAUGACAGUGUGAGCUAAUCCCUUGCAAAAGCCAUUGUUUGUUUUGAGGCUAAACUGACCUGGUCUACACUCUCCAUCUUUUUUUUUCUUUGUAUCCUUGAAAGCAUGUGAUCCAGGACUGAUGUUUGCAACAACGAGAUCAGGUCUUUGAAUGCAGGCAGAGGGAGAAAUGAUGGAGUGAAUCCUGCAGGCAAGAGUUGGAGUGUUACUUAUCCCCAGGCUAUAAAGCCAGUUAUCAGUAAGAAGGAUGGAUUGCAGCAGUGUGCCAUCGCAUGCUUGUCAUAUCAUAAGUGGUCCAGCUGCUAGUCUAAUAUCUGCUAAAGACAAUAACUCAGCAGGAUGUAACUGUGUGAUGAAUAAUUUUGUUUCUCCUCUUUCUUAAUGCUUUGCUGAUGAUUUUGAUUGUAUUUGUUGCUCACAGAAAAGGUCAAACCAGUUGUUACAGUGCAAUGUAGAAACAUACUGUAUCACACACAGAUACGGUAUGUGUAAAGAGUUUCUGACAGGUCUUUACGGGUCUUCGGGAUUAUGUCAAUAUCAGCCUGUAAAAGAUAUGUGCAGUAGCGGCAGUUGUUCAUGUGUGGUGGUAAUUUAAUGGAAAUAUGAGAUACACUGUGUGUGAAGCAUAAAAUGAAAAGUCAGAAGGCAGCAAAUGGUUUUGUUUUGCUCAUAAUAAAUGUGAUAUCGCUGUUAGGUAUGAAAUAACUUUUCAGGUUCAAUAGUUUUUUUGAAAGCUAGACCAAUCCAUUCAAAACAAGCAAGGUCCAUAUUUCAUCACAUACCUUAAGUAUUAAAAGUCUUAAAACCAAGACGAAUGAAAACAGAAGUACAUGUCCAGACAUCACUAAAGGUCAGAGAAAAUGUAAUUUGUAGUGAGCUGACCCCCUAAAAUGUAGUUACCGUAACAAUAUUUGAUAUUUGAGAGUUUUGACGAGAGACACUGCCUGUCAAACCAGCACAUGCCUUGUUGCGUAAAGGAGGAAACAGUGUGCCAAAAUAGCUUUAAAGGUUAAAGAAAUAAAACAGACAGGAAUACGCUCACACAUACACUGACGCAUGCACACGGAAAGCAAAAUCUAAUUUACCCUCAGGCUGCUUCCAGUUGUGUGCAAGACAGAGGUGGUGAACAGCGUGAAGUGCUGUGACAUCAAGUUGCUAAUCACACUUGUCUUUGCAGCAAAAGUGAAGUGAUGCAACACUCAAGGCUUCAAACUGUGUUGAAACUGUCCUACUUAUGUCAUUGGAUAAGGUUGCUUUGUACCUUAGAAAAUCUCAGUUCCAUAAUGCUGUUACUGUCAUUUAUCGCUCUCUCUCUUUACGUUUGUCUACCUCUCUCUCUCUUUCUCAGUUUUGCACUCUAAAU